AUGCCACACACCGACCACCAUGCCCUCGUCUUCGGCGCCACCGGCCUCGCUGCCUCUACAUUCUAUUCGCCCGCGUCACAGCCACCAGCAACCAACCGCCUGGUCGACGGCCCCGACACCUACUGGCCCGAUGGGGAACCAUCAGACCUCCGCAUCGUGUGUGAGCUGAACUGUGACACGAUGCAGAGGGUCGUUGGUGCUGUCAAGAAACUGGCUCCCCGCCUCAAAUCCAUUGUGUGCUCAGGUGGAACAAGAGGAUACGGCAUCAACGUGCCCAACGGGACCUUGACAGCACCACUUAAAGAGUCCAUGGCCGACAACCUCCCCGCCGACUAUGCCAAGACGGUAGCUUCCCCAUGGUUCCGGCAAUUCCUCACCGAAGCCUCCACCGGCCGCGGCUUGAUCCGAGGUGUGUCUCGACGCCGUCGUGGCUUCAGCCCCAUCGGGUCCGACUUCUCGCUCGCCCUGCACUUGGUGCAUUGCCUCUCGCUGUACGCCCGCAACCACGGCGUCGGGGAGUUCUCUCCAGCCAUGCUCGAAGUGCCCUUCCCUGGGAACGAGCAGGCGUACAAUGCGCUCUUUAUGCCCAUGAUCAACAUGGUUGACUGCACACAGCCCACGACGUUUGACCAACUCUGGCCCGCUGUUGCCUCUUGGUUGAGCCUCGUAGGCGUCGGCCCCUCCGCAGACAACACUGGGAAAUCUCCGGGCGACUAUAUCGAGGAGCACAAGCACGUAUUCGGAGAAAAGGGUCGACCGAAGGCGCUCUCGGCCGGAGUUGGUGCCGGCCACAAGCAGCUCGAAAGCGGGGGUUGGCAGCUGAAAUUCGACCGGCUCCGGGCCGUGGGGUUCACGGAGGAACGGUCGCCGGAGGAGGGAUGGCUGGAGGCAUUCGACAAGUUUCCUCUUAGAGAAUACGGGAUCCCGUCCGCUCUCCCCUAG